UUUUACCGCUCCCUUCAAGACCAAACAGUCGCGAUCGUGAGAAUGCUAUUUUAGCAAUAGAGUGACUACAGAAAAAGUGAUGGAUCCCCACCUACGAAAUUUGAUCUGGAGUGACAUCGAAUACAGACUCUUCGAGUUUGUUGAUCGCUUUCCUUUGCCUCAAAUUGUCAAAGUGCAAGAAGGUUACUAUGGCCCAACUGAAGACUCAUGCAUUGGGGCCGAACAGAUCCUCACGCUACAUUGCGUGAAAACUACAGAGAAAGUUUUAGCUCGAGACAGAAAGAAACGAGAGCUUCAUAUUCCUUUGAACUGUUCACAGAAGGUCGAGCUUCGUCCCGCCGAGUUCAGAGGAAUUUACGAAACCGUGGAGGAAAUUAGUAGAAUUCCAGCGAGAUUUGUAAGGGUGACCCAAGGGUAUUAUCUGGAAGAAGAAGCAGUGAGCCUGAAUCCCGGAGAUAAACUGGAAGUGAUCCGCGUGGAGCAUGGAAUUGGAGGGAAAGAGGACUGUGUCGUGUUCCUUACUGAAGAGCGCAACCCCAUUCGCUUACCUUUUAGUGUCAGUGCUGGAUUCCAGUCCCUGCUUGAUGGACGGGAGUACUAUCUGAAGGAGCUAAUGAUGUCGUCAUUUAAGCUGCCAGUCUACUUUCAGUUCACUGAACCACCUUCUAUCACUCGAAGAUCAAGUGAGGGCGUUUUUAACACAUCACUCGGGGUGCUGUCAUUUGAAAAAGUAUAUCAAGAUUCUACCAUUAUUUGCACUACUAAAGAAGGUAGCGUUAGAACAGUGGUCAGCUGCCCCAAAGAUCUUCCAGUCACAAUCAAUGUGGCUCGUGGGGCACUGUCAGAUGACAAGGAUUAUGUCCGCAUUUGUCGCUUGUUUCACGAUGGGGUCAGUCUUUUGAAGAUUGAGAACAUGGAGAUACAGAACAUUUAUGCAUCGAGGAACACCAUCAGGGAGUAUGAGUAUAUUGCAGAUGAUUCAUCACCACCCCCACCUGUUCCUCUCCGUGAAAGUGCAGAGGACUCUUCUUCAUCCAGUAGUCAGGUACCUGGAGCAAGUAACUCUGAUUCUGGUGAUGACAGCCAUGAAUACACUUACAUCGACGAACCUGUGCCAGACAAAUCCACCCUUUCCCAAGACCUGAAGCCAAAUGGUGUCCUACCAUCUGAUGGUAAGGCUUCAGCAGAAAUGGUGAAUCUUGAUAAAAAUCUGGAUAAAGUGGCUAUCAAUCAUGAUGAUGAAGAUGAUGAUGCCUACCAAAAUUAUCCUCCUCCUGUCAUGAAAGGUGUUGAACCAACCACAAAUAAAGAGCCUGUCAAACCUCCACGAAAAUCAAAAGAGGCAGCACAACAGAGUCCUAAAGAGAAUAAGCCAGAGGUAAAAAAGAUCCCACCAGCUAUCAAGCCAAAGCCACCUUCAAUAAAGGCCAAGCCAAUGGGGAAGCAGAAUGAGAAAGAGAAACAGUUUGUUGUACCAGAUGAUCUCUCCCAAAUGUCCAUAAGAGAAGUGUCCCAAUUUUUGAGACAUUACAGUUUUGAAAAUUUUGUGGAAUUAUUUGCUGAAAAUGAGGUGGAUGGUGACCUCCUUGUCAAUCUGACUGAGGAGGAGCUUAAGGCACUGGGGCUGAAUGCUUUUCAGUGCAAGAAAAUAUCAAGACUUGUCAAUGGAUGGAGACCUAAAAAGUAACUCUGAAAGUAAGAUACAUGUACAAGCAGUAUACAUUUUCUAAUUUUGGACAUUAGAGUUGGUUCAUAGUUUUAAAUCUUGGUUAACUUUGUUUAUAAAAAGUGAGCUCAGUUCAAUAUUUUCUCAACUCUUUAACACCAAAUAUCAGAUUGUUAAUUCUCCCCUCUAGCUGCUACAAAUUUCCUUGUAAAUCAGUUAAAAAAAUGUAGUGUUUGAUCAAGAUGAAUUCUAUCAGAUAAGUUUGAGUAUUCCCAUCACUUCUUUGCUGGAUAAUGUCUGGAUAUUAUUAGGAGAAGUUGCAUGUUAAUCAUCUCUGGGAUUUAACAGGUUAAUACGGUUUUCACAUAUAUGAUUUUUCGCAUAUAUGAAAUAUGAUUUGAGUUAUCCUUGAUUGUAUGCUCUCAUAGAGUAUAAAAAUGAGUAGUAUCAGUAUCAUCUAUACAUCAGUAUGUGUAUUGUCUAAUCUGUUUUGUGUAGAUUUCCUGAUGUACUGACAUAAAAUAAUAAUAAUAAUAAAGUGAAUAUUUAUACAGGAUAGCCCUACAGUGCAAGAGUACUUAGUGUUAUCAAAGGGGUCCUGCUUAAAAACAUAAAAUAUAAGGAUAAAAAAAAGGAAAAAAAUGACUUUGUUACUUAUGCAAAUGUAAACUACACUAUACAAAAUAUUCAUCUACAGACUUCCUAAAUAAUAACCUACCACUAAUCUGCCUAGUUUUUAUAGGUAAAGAAUUAAAAGUUGAAGUGCCUAAAAAAUAAUAUCUUUUCCGAGCAAAUUCAAGUUUUACUGAAGAAUCUUUGUAACAAUCAAGAGCUUUCAUUGGCAGCCAUUUCCUUUAUUUUCAUGACCUUAAUGUUUGAUUUAGCAGCAAUACUGUAAGGAGAAAUUAGAUGCAUGUCACUUUUAGGGGUUUAAGAGUUAUUAAGAAAUUCAAUAUUGGAACCAUUAACUUGUGUUACUGGUUAUGUAUGUUACUGGUAUGUUUUUUUGUAGUUAGCAAUGGUACAGUAACUCUUAACCCUUUAACUCCCAAGAUCUCAAUAGUGAUUCUCCUUACUGUCUGCCAUACAGUUCUUGUGAUGUUAGUGUGGAGAAUUUGGUAUCGGAUCAGCUUAUAAUUCACUAAUUGAUAUUUUUCUUUAUUCUCAUCACUUGUCUGCUUGAUAUUGUAUUUAUAAUGUAAGGAGAAAUUCUGUCUCGGUCACUCACAAUUAACACUAACAAUUAAGUUCUCUUCUCUAAUGUAAUACAUAAUCCAGCAAAUAUUGAUGAUUACAGAAAAUCGUUUCAAUUGUAGGUAGCAUCAUGGUAUAACACCACUUAGAAAAAAAACUGUUUAACAUUCUCCUUACAUGUUCACAACAAAAUUUUUAAAAAGCUAGAUGGGAGAAUAAUUAUUGGUGUAACUUUUGGACAGUCAUGGUUCAAAAACUUGUUUCUUUAAUAAGAGUUUUACUGGAAUUGUAAUCCUCAAAAUAUUUCAUGUUUUAUUAGGUGGCCAAGUUAAGUAUUAUGCUAUACAGACUUUCAAGUCUUUAAAGAUUUACCUGUUAACAGUUUAUCUAACUUUGUUUAUUGAUAAGCUUUUACUAUAUUUAAGCUAUUUGUUUAGUUAUUGAAAGGAGACAUGCAAUGUUAUGAGAUACUUACUGUAAGAAACAUGCUGGAAUCAUGUAUGUUAUCAUAGACUUUUAUAUUUUAACAAUGCUACAGGUAACAUUUCUGUU